CAACACGCUGAGUUCAACGAACCAAGGGAAGUGUCGUACGUCAGAAACGUUUUAUUUGGGGACUAAACUUGAGCCGAUAAUAAUGGUUUGGAUCUAGUGUACAGUUUAGGUGAUUUAGGUUUGCUUUGGUAAGCAUUAAUAAAUAUAUAUAUAGAGAGGAGAGCGCAGAAGAGAGAAAAAACAACAAGACACCGGUCAGCUGACCCCGCGUGUGAUCACGUGACUCGUAUCAAUAAGUGCACAGCAGACCUCCACGCCUUCAUUUCACGCUGCAGCGAUGGACCGGACAGCAGCCUGCAGCUUGGCCCUCGUCCUGUUGUUGGUCGCCCACUCGGGGCUCUCCAGUCCCACCCCGGCCGGCAGAGAGGCAUGGAGCUACGUGGAGGUGCGGGACGGGGCCCACAUGUUCUGGUGGCUCUACUCCGCCCGCAGCCUGGACCUGCCUCUGGUCCUGUGGCUGCAGGGGGGACCAGGAGGAUCAGGAUGUGGCUUUGGGAACUUUGGGGAGAUCGGGCCUUUGGACGGGGACCUGAAGCCCAGAAACACCAGCUGGGUGCAGGCGGCCAGCGUCCUGUUCGUAGACAACCCCGUGGGCGCCGGCUUCAGCUACGCCGAGCGGCCGGACGGCUUCGCCACCGACGUGGCCACGGUGGCCUCCGACAUGCUGGUGCUGCUGCGGCACUUCUUCACGGGGAGGCCAGAGUUCCAGAGCGUCCCCUUCUACAUCUUCUCCGAGUCGUACGGAGGAAAGAUGGCCGCCGUCAUCUCCUUGGAACUCACCAAGGCCGUUGCUCAAGGGACGGUGAAAUGCAACUUUGCUGGUGUGGCUCUUGGGGACUCGUGGAUUUCCCCACUGGACUCUGUGAUGACCUGGGGCCCGUACCUCUACACCACCUCGCUGCUGGACGACCACGGGCUGGUGGACGUCCGCGGCGCGGCGGAGGCCGUGAAGAGAGCCGUGGAGCAGCAGCAGUUCCUGAAGGCCACGGAGCUGUGGUCGGUGGCGGAGACGGUGGUGGAGCAGAACACCAACGGAGUGAACUUCUACAACAUCCUCACCCAGCAGCCGGACGACAGCCCCUCCUCCGUGGCGGGGGAAGACUUCAUCGCUCUGCAGGCGCGGCGCCAUAUUCGACCGCUGCACAGGCAAUCGCUGAGCGAGCUGAUGAACGGACCAAUCAGGAAGAAGCUGGGCCUCAUCCCGGGGAAUGUCACCUGGGGAGGCCAGGCUGAGGCCGUGUUCAGCAACAUGGCGGGAGACUUCAUGAGGCCGGUGGUGGACGUGGUCGACAAGCUGCUGACCGCCGGAGUCAACGUCACCGUCUACAACGGACAGUUGGAUCUCAUCGUGGACACCAUGGGUCAGGAGCUGUGGGUGAAGAAGCUGAAGUGGGAGGGUCUCGCCGGGUUCAACGACAUGAGGUGGACCCCCCUGGAGGACCCCGCCAUCCCCGGAGUUACCCGAGCGUUCUGCAAGACCUAUAAGAACUUCACCUUCUUCUGGAUCCUCAAAGCCGGUCACAUGAUUCCCUCGGACCAGGGCCCGAUGGCCUUGCAGAUGCUGAGGAUGAUCACCCAAUAGGUCUGACCCACUGGCACCAGCUGGACUGGCUCUGACAAUCACAUGACCUUUGACCCCCCUCUGCUAAACCCAAAUACUGGUUACAGUAGCAACCUGUGGAAGCUUCAGCCAUAAGAUCAAUAAAAACGUUUUUAUUUUGUAAAUGCU